CGAAUACAAUAAUGAAUUAAAAAAAUAAUUUUUCAAUUCAUUUUUAAUCGUGAUAAGUCUGAUCGGAGAACAACACUCUGGGCGAUAGUUAUUUAGUUCAAUUUGUUGUUUUGUUUCAUUGACCGUUGUGAUCUGAAUUUAGGUAAUUGAUAAAGGGUCAUCGAUGAUUUUUAUUGCAGUUGUACUAUGCAUCUACGCAUUUGAAACGAUUCGAUACAAUGUGGUGAAAUAUUCGUUUGCUGUAAAAUUUGCAGUUUAAUCAGUUGAAAUGUCACCGAAAAAACGAUUCUCUACGAUAGCUAACUACUAUCCCUCGUUUCAGGACAUUAAUCCACUUGCACUGAGCCCAGAAAGAUGGUUAAAAAGUCGAUGGGUGGAUGACAAAGCCGAAGGUCUAUGGCGAUUAAAUGAUACACUGUACGAUUUCACUGAUUUCAUCAAAUUACAUCCUGGUGGAUCGGAUUGGAUCAGAUUAACUAAAGGAACUGAUAUUACCGAAGCGUUCGAAAUUCACCACAUUUAUCCGAAAGGACCGGAAAGUUUGCUAGAGAAAUAUCAAGUUCGAAAAGCUGCCGAACCGCGAAACUUUAAGUUCACAUUUAAAGACGAUGGCUUUUAUCGUACGUUCAAAAGGAAAGUUGGAGAGAAAUUGAAAACCGUUGACCGUAGUCCAGAGCAAACUUCAAAGUACUACAUCGACAGCAUUCUCUUAGCAACAUUUCUGACGGCUGUUCUGUCUCUACGACUGAACAGUACUUUACUCACAAUACUUUCCGGUUUGUGUCUGAACUACACCACAAUAUGCGCUCACAAUUUCUUCCAUCAAAAGGACAAUUUUCGGAUGUACUACUUCAAUCUUUCCUUUCUGAACUAUCGCCAAUGGCGCAUACAACAUAGCAUGUCACAUCAUUUGUACGCCAAUUCCAUCCACGACUUAGAAGUGUCCAUAUUUGAACCGUUCUUGUGUUGGACACCAAUGUCCAACAAAAAUGUAAUUCAACGAUACGCAUCUUGGAUCUAUGCACCAAUAAUUUAUGGAUUCAUCUUCCUCAAUCAUUAUGUUAAAAGCAUAAUCUUUUGUGUCGUCGAAAAAAAGAAUUUAUAUCACACGGAUGAUCUCAUCCCAUUUACGCUUCCAUUCGCCAUGUACUUAUUCGGCGUCGGUGAUUUAACUGCUGUAUUUAAGACGUGGAUUUCGAUCGUAUUAUUUGGAAGCAUUUUCUUUGGAUUCAUCGGACUUAACGCAGGUCAUCAUAAUGUUUACAAUGUUCACGAUGGUGAUACACUGAGUAAGGACAUGGACUGGGGUAUCUACUGCUUGGACACAGUCAUCGACAAUUCGGACAUAAGUCAUAGCCAUCUGGCAUCUCUGACCCAUUUCGGCAAUCAUUUAAUGCAUCAUCUGGUUCCGACAAUCGACCAUGGUGUGGGCUUGCAACUGUAUUCAGUUCUGUUUGAGACGAUGGCUGAAUUCGAAACCAAAUUCGAAGAAUAUCCCUGGUUCGUGCACAUAAGCGGGCAACUUAGGCAAUUGGCCAAAAAUGCGCCAUCUAUUGCUGAACCAGAAGAACGAAAGAAAAUGAGAAUAAAAGAGAACUCCCAGUGAGGAUGGGUUACAA